AUGCAGAUGCAGACGGUCAACGACACGCUAGCUUCACCCUCCUCUUUGUCGGGUGGCGACGCCUCCCGCACCGACAACCUCACCUUUAUCCCCACGCUGACCCAGCCAGAUAAGAAGCCCGACAAGAGAUCCAAGAAAGAUCGAGAUGAUGAUUCAAGCAGCACCUCCAGCAGAGAGAAGAAGAAAGAUGAGAGCAAGAAGUCGAAAACACGGGCAGCUGCUGAGAAGUCCCAGGAUAACGUCAGACUGGACGUGAUACAGACCUCCAUCGACAAGAACAACGUCAAGGGCCGCGAAAGCCUCGUCCUGGAUCGCGAAAACGUCGACAGCAAGCUUACGGAAGAGCGAAAGAAGGAAGGCAACCGCAAAAGUGAUUCCAAGAAAGACAAGGAUGGCAGCAUCUUCUCGUCAAUCUUUGGGGGGAGCAAGAGGAAAGAAGACAAGGAAAAGGUUAACAAGAAGAACCAGCAUUUGCAAGUUCCAGAGGAUAUUCCCUACAAGCCUCUGACGCCGGAUGUGGAUUACAAUUGGACCCGAUUCCCACUCCUCGAAGAAAGGGCCAUAUAUCGAAUGGCCCAUAUAAAGCUAGCUAACCCGCGGCGCUCUCUCCUCAGCCAGGUGCUGCUCAGCAACUUCAUGUACAGCUAUCUGGCCAUCGUCCAGGCGAUGCACCCCCAGAUGAACGUGCCCACCUCGCCGCAACAGAAACGGCUGGAGGAGGAGGCUCGGCGCAAGAGGCAAGAGCAAGAGUAUCUGGCACGGCAGCAAAUGCAGGGAGACCAGGAUGCCGAGAACAGCCUCGACCACUACAAUCUCGACUAUCACCGAGCUACUGUUCAAUAUGCCGAGUCCGACGGGCAGGUGGAGUACGUCGACGACGCUCAGAUCUACGAGGACGAGCAUGGAGACGACCGCCACGACGACUAUGGCUACGAGGGCAUAGAAGGCUACAGUCGCGACACGAAGGAUUACCAACACACGCGCGAAAGCGGGGACGACCAUCGGCGCCACGGGCGAGACGACAUGUGGUAG